AUGGUUCAGUACCGAUUUUUGGCCCUCGCCGCCGCCACGACCGCUGUCACGGCCAAGAUCUCGGUCGAAGUGCACCGCAGCUUGGAAGUCGCCAAGCAGUCGAACAUCAGGGUCAAAUUUCACUGUGGCGAGGCCCACGCGAACCACCGCCGCCGACUCAAGGCCGGCGCGUCUCGCACCGAAACCGUCGAGUCGGUGGUUCAUUCGUUGAAGGAGCACACCAGGACGUCUCAGGCGCCGGUCAAGUUGCUCCUGGCCAACCAAUCGACGGCUGUGGAAGUGGACACGACAUGGAUCGACUGCUCCAUGUACAUCGACAAGGCCACCAACGACCUCAUCAUGGAGAUCGACGCGUUGGAGGUAGUCAAAUCCAUUGACAAGCCAGGUGUCAAGGCACUCGAUGAAUCCAAAAGCGACGACGACCAACCAGCCAGUGCUGUCAAUGAGACCAUCGCAUGGGGGAUCAAUACGUCUCAAGCGCCGGAGCUGUGGGCCAAAGACAUCAAGGGCGACGGCAUUGUCGUGGGCAUCAUCGACACUGGUGUUCGACACACCCACGAGGCGUUAAGGUCGAACUGGCGAAAGGAAUACGGUUGGUUCGACCCGUAUGAUAACACGGAGUUGCCCCAUGAUUAUAAUGGCCACGGCACUGGUGUCACGAGCAUCAUGGUGGGAAAGGAAGGUAUUGGUGUCGCCCCCAAUGCCCAGUGGAUUGCGUGCAAAGGGUUGGCGCUAGGGUACAAUAUACGUCUGGUGAUGAAAUGCGCUCAAUUCCUUCUUUGCCCCCACGACAGAAACGGCAACAACGCCGACUGCAGCAAGGCGCCGCACGUGAUCAACAACAGCUUUGCGAAAUAUGAAUUGGAAUUUUGGAUGGAAGAUACGAUUGCAGCGUGGAGAGCAGCGGGUAUCAUUCCCGUGUUUGCGAACGGCAACGACGGCGCUAAAGGCUGUGCGCAUUCGGGUUAUCCUGCCGCGUCCCCUCAAGUGAUUGCUGUCGGCGCCACUGAAAGAAAUGAUUUUGUACGGAGAACGUCCAGUUUUGGACCUUCCGUGAGGAACAGCAUCAAACCCGACAUUUCGGCUCCUGGUGCCGACAUCCGAUCCGCAUCAAACGUCAGUGACGUAGACUAUUUGUCGAAUUCUGGCACGAGCUUCGCCGCGCCUCAUGUUUCUGGAGCUAUCGCCUUGUACUUGUCUGCAAACAAAGGCGCCUCGUACGACGAAGUGUACACGGCCCUGGCCAACAACGUGGACACGGACACGUUAACUGUGCCCAACAAUAUCUGCGGUGAAAAAAUUCCCAACGCGCAAUAUCCCAACAACAUAUAUGGGUACGGCCGAUUGAACAUCUUCAAGGCCGUGAAUGCUACUCUCCCGAAUUGUACCUUGUGGACCGACGACUUCGAGGUCAUUGGGAAGGAGGUCAAGAAUGUGUCCCAAAGCACCGCCGGCAACUGCUGCGACGAAUGCCGCAACACUCCAAACUGCAAUGCGUUUACGUUUACGCGGGACAACGGAGGCACGUGCUGGCUCAAAGCUGAAAACAAAUCGGUCGACUGGGUGUACAAGAAAGGCUCCAAGUCCGCACGAGUACUGAAACCGAACAAUGACCUAACCUCGUGUGGCACCUUGGAAGAAGACGUGACCUAUGGUGGGCCCACCGUGGCUGUUACCUAUCAGGCCAAAGCUGAAUCCUGCUGCGCCGACUGUGAAAAUAUAGCGGGAUGUAAGCUGUUCGUGUGGUACGGCGGUACUUGCUGGCUCAAGUCCGCCAAGGGGGCCAAGGGGUUUACUAAAGGGGCCAAGUCUGGAUCGCUGCCUACUUCCAGCGCCUGCGCACCCAUCGAGUUGAACGUGAAUUACGUCGGCCACGACAUCAAUUUCACGAAUCAGACCUCCGCCGAUGCGUGCUGUGGAGACUGUCAAGCGACGUCUGGGUGCAAACUGUUUGUGUGGUCCCGUGGCAUGUGCACUCUCAAGUCCGCCAUGGGGACCAACGAGACUGUGGAUGGGGCCAAGGCUGGCUUUCUCCUGGCAGGACAGGCAUCGUAA